UGUUAUGUCCCUGCAGUUCGGUUUCUGCUUGUUCUCUCCAAUUCGUACUAAACUCGUAUCGAUUCAAUCGCGACAGGUCUGGAUUCGCCCGCAACUGCGGAUUCCUCUCGUGACUGAAAUUCCAAGCAACCAAGACGAAGUUCGAUUCCUGGUCUUCUGCUAGGCAUUUGAUCGAACACCUGGUGGACAUUGUUGACCGCCUCCCCUAAUUCUCUCCAAAUGCUUUGAAACGAUGCAGGCGACAGAGUUCGCGACCAGAUGCUGGAGGGUGAUAAGCCCCUCCGUUCGCUGCGGCAGUUUCGGCCAUGUUUCCCGAUCAGUGGCGGACGCACCUCGCCUCGUCGGUCUUCAAUGCAACCGGAGCUCCGUUUUCGAUGGGGCUAGAAGCCUCUCAAGUAAAUCCAGGUUGUGGAAUUCCGCUAGGACGUCGCCGUGUGGUGUCAAGAUCAAUGCUUUCCUCUCCGAUUUCCCGCCUAAGCCUCCUCAAAAUCCUGCUUCCCCGCUGAAAGGAUAUGCGCUACUUUCGACAGAGGCGAAUUCAGCAUUAAAGAAAAAGGAAACGAUGCCGUUGAAGAAAGCCGGAGCUGCUGAAGGGAAAGCUCCCGACGCUAAAAUAGUGGCAACUCUGGCUAAAUACCUUUGGAUGAAAGAUAACCCUGAGUUUCGCCUUCGAGUCCUCACUGCUCUGAGCCUUUUAAUUGGCGCCAAAGUGUUGAAUGUCCAGGUUCCAUUCUUGUUUAAGCUUGCUGUUGAUUGGUUAUCAACAGCCACAGGCAAUGCUGGUGCUCUUGCUGAGUUUACAGCUGCUAAUUCUACUUCUCUAGCUAUUUUCGCCAGUCCUGCAGCAGUUCUGAUUGGAUACGGUAUAGCACGAACAGGGGCAUCUGCUUUCAAUGAACUUCGAACUGCAAUAUUCUCCAAGGUAGCAUUGAGAACGAUUCGACAGGUUUCGCGGAAGGUCUUUUCACAUUUGCAUGAGCUUGACUUACGAUAUCAUCUCAGUCGAGAAACAGGUUCUCUUAGUCGAAUCAUUGAUCGUGGUAGCCGUGCCAUAAAUUUUAUACUUUCAUCUAUGGUCUUCAACGUUGUACCUACCAUAUUAGAGAUAUCCAUGGUAGCUGGUAUCCUUGCCUAUAAAUUUGGAGCACCAUUUGCAUUGAUUACAACCCUGUCUAUGGCAGCAUAUAUAGCUUUCACAUUGGCUGUGACCCAGUGGAGAACCAAAUUUAGAAAGGCAAUGAAUAAAGCUGAUGAUGAUGCUGGCAUGCGUGCAAUUGAUUCUUUAAUAAAUUAUGAGACUGUCAAGUAUUUCAACAACGAGGCUUUUGAAGCUGAAAAAUAUGAUGGGUUUCUUCAGAGAUAUGAAGAAGCUGCUCUAAAAACUCAAAGAAGUCUUGCCGGUUUAAAUUUUGGUCAGAAUUUGAUAUUUAGUGUAGCUCUCUCAUCUGCUAUGGUUUUGUGCUCAAAUGGGAUCAUGAAUGGAACUAUGACUGUUGGAGACUUGGUCAUGGUAAAUGGGCUGCUUUUUCAAAUGUCUCUUCCACUCAACUUCCUUGGAAGUGUAUAUAGAGAAACUGUUCAAAGCUUGGUAGAUAUGAAGUCCAUGUUCCAAUUGCUUGAGGUGAAGUCAGAAAUUACCAGUGCUGAUGAUGCGAAGCCAUUGCAGUUAAACGGCGGUAGCAUUGAAUUUGAGAAUGUCCACUUCAGUUAUCUGUCAGAGAGGAAGAUUCUUGAUGGGGUAUCUUUUGUUGUGCCAGCUGGAAAAAGUGUGGCUAUUGUUGGAACCAGUGGAAGCGGGAAGUCAACCAUUCUAAGAUUGCUUUUCAGAUUCUUCGACACCCAUUCUGGACAUAUUAAAAUAGAUGGCCAAGAUAUUCGGACAGUAACACUUGAGAGCCUUAGGAAAUCCAUCGGAGUUGUUCCCCAAGACACUGUGCUGUUCAAUGAUACCAUAUUUCACAACAUUCAUUAUGGUUGCCUUUCUGCCACAAAAGACGAGGUAUAUGAUGCUGCACGCCGGGCAGCCAUUCACGACACUAUCAUGAACUUCCCCGAUAAAUAUUCAACCAUAGUGGGAGAAAGAGGGCUUAAGUUAAGCGGUGGUGAAAAGCAACGAGUUGCCCUCGCCCGGACAUUCUUGAAAGCUCCACCUAUUUUGUUCUGCGAUGAAGCUACAAGUGCGCUCGAUAGCACAACUGAAGCAGAGAUCUUAAGCGCAUUGAAAUCCCUGGCAAAUAACCGGACUUCAAUAUUCAUCGCCCACAGGCUCACAACCGCAAUGCAAUGUGACGAGAUCGUAGUUUUGGAGAAUGGCCGAAUCGUGGAACAAGGGCCCCAUGAUGUUCUGCUAUCGAAGCCGGGCAGAUACGCACAGCUAUGGGCACAGCAGAAUUCCACCGUUGACGCCAUUGAUGCAGCCAUCAAGCUGGAAGCAUAAGGUCAUGUUCCUCAACUAUGGGUUUCUUACUCUCACACUAUAAGAUUGGUAGGCAACUGCAACAUAAGCAAGUUAAUAUAUAUAGGGAUUGUAAUGGCGCGAGUUUGGAAUGAGUUUUGCGGGCUCUGAGACCUGCCCCACUAAAAACUAUUAGGCUUAGGAUCUGCCAUGUUCUGCUUUAGGUCGUUUCUGAGAUCCGUCCCGCUGAAUCCACUAGGUUGAAGGCUAAUUCGACAA